GGAGGUAAAGAUGGAAUAAUGUAAUCGUACAAAUAUUAUAAUACAGUGGCGCUCUACUCACUAUACUCUCUCUGGUCUCUUGCGGUGAGAGGGAGAGAGACACGGAGAGAUGGAACACGACGAUGUCGACAUGACCGGGGCUGAUGGCACCGAAGCGGAACUCGAUGACAUGAAGAAACGCCUAAAGGAAAUGGAGGAUGAAGCAGCCGCACUUCGUGAGAUGCAAGCUAAGGUCGAGAAGGAAAUGGGUGCCGUACAAGAACCAUCAACUGCAGCUGCAUCACAGGCAAGCAGAGAGGAAGUUGAUUCUCGAUCGGUCUUUGUUGGCAAUGUGGAUUAUGCAUGUACCCCUGAAGAAGUACAGCAGCAUUUUCAGUCAUGUGGGACGGUAAACAGAGUCACAAUUCGCACAGACAAGUUUGGCCAACCAAAGGGUUAUGCCUAUGUGGAAUUUGUCGAAGUAGAAGCUGUUCAGGAGGCAAUCCUUCUGAAUGAAUCUGAGCUACAUGGCCGCCAAUUAAAGGUUUCUGCUAAAAGAACAAAUAUACCUGGGAUGAAGCAAUUCCGUGGUCGACGACCAAAUCCGGCCAUGGGUGGCUUCCGUUCAAGGGGUCCUAACCCUUUCGUUCCCACUCCAUUCAUAUACAACCCCUAUGGAUAUGGAAAGGUUCCAAGAAUGAGAAUGCCUAUGCGUUACAGUCCCUACUUCUAAAUUUUCAAUUUUGCCGAGGAAUAGGCAUCGAGGACGAAGACAGAUCGCCUUCCUUUUUUUAAAGAAAUGCGAUUCAAAAUGGUUCGGUUUUUUUUUCUUUUCCUUUUAAUGGAUCUAUUUCAUCUGUAGGGUUACUGUGGAUAAUGUUGUGUGGAUUAAGCCUUUUGUGAAGAUGAAGAAUGUACUGUCACACCUAUACUGACUUUCUCUAUAUAUCUGAUUUAGUCUUCGCAAA